GCACUAUAUUCAGGAGUCAAGAAUGAAUGAAUUAUGAGAUCGCCGGGUGGGGUCGGGCCGAGCCAAGCCACUAUGGGGAAAAUUGCGCUGCAGCUCAAAGCCACGCUGGAGAAUGUCACCAACCUCCGCCCUUUGGGUGAGGACUUCCGGUGGUACCUCAAGGACAGUGUGGCACUGAAGGGAGGUCGUGGCAGCGCCUCCAUGGUCCAGAAGUGCAAGCUGUGUGCGAGGGAAAACUCCAUCAAGAUUUUGAGCAGCACCAUCAAAUCUUACAAUGCUGAAGACAAUGAGAAGUUCAAGACAAUCGUAGAAUUUGAAUGCCGAGGCUUUGAAGCAGUUGAUUUCCAGCCCCAGGCUGGGUUUGCUGCUGAGGGUGUGGAAUCGGGGACAGUCUUCAGUCAUAUUAAUCUGCAGGAGAAGGACUGGACUGACUAUGACGAAAAGGCUCAGGAAUCUGUGGGAAUCUACGAGGUCACCCACCAGUUUGUGAAGUGCUGAACCUUCUUCAUGCGCACUUGCCUCUAAGAACUGAGAAGGGACAACGUGCCCCGAGCAGCAGAGCCCAUUGAGGCACUUCCCCUCAUCCUUUGUCUCCUGGAAGCUAUCCAAGCCCUCAUCGCCUGCAUGCUGGGCUCUGUCACAGCUUCCCAAACCCCACCAAUAAAGCCCCUCUUCGUUUGUGCUGA